CACUUAACAAGUGAUCCUUUGAAGCUGUGUGAGAAAGGAAAGACUGUAGGUCGGCUUGAAGCUAAUUCAAAGUUAGAGAAAGUGAGAUUGCGAAGGUGAGAACGCUAAAAUUUUUUCGACGUCUUGCAGAAUGGGUUCUUUGCAAAGAAAUCGCAUGAAAUGAGAGAAAAAAAAAGGUGGUCGGUUUAUGCCAGUAGAAUACAAAAUAGCAAAUUAAAUAACAUGCUGAAAAUUCGCAAAGCGUAUUUUGCAAGAAAAAGAACAGCAAAGUACCGAGUUUCAUCUCCAAGUAACUGUUUCUGUAGCCACAAAAAUGUUCUUUCAUUAAACGAAGAGUAGUAAUUAUUUGCCUUUUGGUCCGAUUAUUGUCGUCAUGAAAGAAAAUCGUUAAUUAAGGAAGACCGUGCUAUAAGUAACAUGAAUUAGCGACUACUCCUGUAAAUGAAAGAGGUUUCUUCAUUGUCUACAAAUUAAAGAAAAUGUGUUUAAACCCUUCCGCCAAUCGCAAUGUCCUGUAAAUCGCUGUUGAGUCAGCUGAUGCAGAUAAGUAAACACGGCUUUACUAAACUUGUAUCAUUCACUGCUGUAACCUUCUCAACUCCACCACAGGUCCGUGAGACAAAGAAGACGUUUGCUGGUUUUACCGGUAAAUAAUAGUCUAAGAGGGUUGACAAGCUACUACAUUUUACAAGGGUUACUGGCUUGUAUGAAAAGACAGAAAGCGCACGUGAAAAAAAAUAUCCGGAGACUUAGAGACAGAGAGAGAGUUCAGUUAAGGAACCGCUUCUUGUGAAUAUCGGCGCUCUUGUGAAUAUCUAUGUACGUGAGGUUUCGUUUCAUCCUCACGCCGAAAUUAAACAUGCCACGUUGAUUUCGAAUGUAAAUAGCCUUUGCUUUGCUCUUUUGCAGUUCAAAAAGAUCCGCCAAGAUGCCACGAUCAUUUCUUGUAAAGAAAACGUCGCAGAACACCAUUCAGAAGAAGAGGAAUGUCGAUGUUUUACACCACUCAAUGGAGCCUUCCUUGCUCAGUCCUCAAGAAGAAGCAGCCAUCGAAAAGUUGCCACACAUUGAAGUAAAGGCGAGCGAGAUACACGACCCACACGUACUUGACAUCCAAGACCCUUUCCUGAAAGAUAGAGGGCUAGAAUUAAAUCAUUUUCAAAAGCCCUUAAAUCUUGAGUUCCGCCAAUCAAAGGAGAGAAUCCUCACAGCAAAUCAAAGCGCUUUGCAGUACCUCUACGCACCAAUAAAGGUCGAUCAUGGCUCCAGUGAUAUAAACUUUCACUGUGGAAUCGUUGAUGACGUACGAGGGUCGAAGUUAAACAGCACUUUAAGAAUCAAACAAGAAGUCACAAAUGAUGAAGAUGAUUCACAAGAUGUAAAAGUGGAAAGAAACGGCUGGGAAGGUCAUGCUACUGAAAGCAGUGCACGAGAAUUUUUUAACGAACAAUCGGUGCGCCAUCAAUCAGAUUUGGAGCACAGCGUCCCACAAAACGACUCUGACCUCAGUGUCUACCUCGAAGAGAAUUUGGACGGAAAGUUCGAACUUUCUUCGUUUCUUGAAGUCAGCGACCUCGGUAGAUUUUUGAAACAAGAGAGGGCGGCAGUAGGUCUUCCUGAGUAUUCUACCUUCCUCCCGUCAAGUUCAGAAGAAGAUUUGAAGCAGUGUCCUCAGAAUGGCGAAACCGCAAAAAAGGUAGAGACGAAUUUGCAACCAAAACCUACCAAGCCGAAUGGUUCCGCAAGCAAGAAGUACCGUUACACUUGUGAUGUAUGCGACAAAUCUUUUAGCCGCUCGAACACCUUAACGACUCACAAACGUAUCCACACUGGAGACAAACCGUUUAUCUGCGAGCAGUGUGGCCGCGCCUUCAGACAGCCAGGAAACCUGACACGUCACCGACUGACGCACACCACCGUGAAACCGUACGUGUGCCUGCAGUGCAACAAGGCUUUCAACCGUGCGUCUAAUUUGCAUACGCACAUGCGCACACAUACCAAUUACAAGCCAUUUGUGUGCGACUUCUGCGGAAAAGGAUUCCACCAGAAAAUUGACAUGAAGAUCCAUCGCUACACUCACACGGGAGAGAAGCCCCACAAAUGUGACAAGUGUGGGCGAGGCUUCAAGCAGUUGACACAUUUGACGUACCAUCUGAGAACCCAUUCCGAGAUGCGCAUGUACCAGUGCGAGUACUGUGGAAAGGGCUUUAACCAGAAGGGAAACUUGCAGGCUCACAUCUAUGGCCAUACAGGUGAACGACCUUUCAAAUGUCAGAUCUGUGGGAAAGGAUUCACACUGGCUUCCACUUUGAACACGCACAAGAGAACACACGCUCCUAAGAAACCUUUCCAAUGCCAGUUUUGCAGUAAAGCAUUUUAUCAAAAGAAUGCCCUCAAGACGCACUAUAUUGCAUCGCAUCCAUAUGCCAACGGAGUGAGCCUUCUUUAAAAUAGAGUUUUAGAAACUCGAACCACUGACGAUUGCAACAUAAACUGUUACAAUUAUGUUUAGCUAAUAACAAAACGUUAAGAUAUCUUCAAGUAACCAUGAAGGAGCAGUUUAGAUAUAAAACUAGACUAAUUUUAAGUUCAAGAUUAUUCCAGAGCAAGCCGAUGAUUUCUACAACAGGAGCAGUCAUGGCACCAGACUCGGUCACGAGUCUGACUUAGAUUUGCGAUAUGCAUAGAGUUAGAACGCCUCAGUGGAUAAGUAAUUGAAACAGUAUUACGUGAGAUUUAGUAAAGGUGAAGUCAUGUUAGUCUGUUGUAGACAAAUUAAAGUAAAAGUAUAAUUAUUCCUCAACUAAUCCGCAAGAGUGACUGGCCUCUAAUUUCACUUUGUAUCACCACCCUUUGAUCAACUAUAAAGCGGCCACGAGAAUAAAAGAAAUGAUCAAUGAUUUGAGAAAAUCCUGAUGGUCAAACUAAUUCACCUUGUCAGUAUCGGAGGUAAUGUAAAUAGAACGCUGUGGAGAAUAUGAAUAUUUAUGUUAGGCUGUACGGUUUAAAGCGUUUCGUGAUGUAUACUUGAGGGAACACGUUUUGCACAAUGAUCAUUUUUUUAUGACAUCGAAGCAAUUUUUAACUUGAGAUGAUUUAAGAGAGUGCUGGCCAUCGGACAAAUGAAUAUAUCUUAUUGAACAUUUUGUUGUGUAGUAUCGCUGGGUUAUUUUUACGAGUUGUGCCGUAUUUUGACGAGCCUGUAGGGCGAGUCGAAAUACAAACAACAAGUAAAAGUACUCAGCGAUACCACGCAACAAAAUGGUUAAUACGGGAUUUUUUUAUCCAAUUCACCAAAUUGUUGCGGGCGAAUGUCUAACCGGUUCUCUGGAGUAGAAAUACUGCGACAUAUUUGUAUUCGUUUUGGUAGUCAUUAAUUUUGUACUCUAUGAAGCACAGUUGGAUAAUAAAGCAAAUUAGUUUAGGUAAUUUAACACCCUUUCACGCAUCA